UUUACUUCUAUCGCGAUAAUAAGAAAAAAAUAUCUAUCAGCUGUCCGCUUGAUGCCGCACGAGCCAAUCACUCUCAAAUUUUCAACCCUCGCUACGGUGACAUCCUUUCUAAUAAUACAUAUAAGCGUUAUAUAUAUAUGUAUAUAUAUACUCGUAUACUAAUACAUGUUUGAUAGUCCGUCAGAAACCCCCUAGCUCGCAUGCAAAAUAAGGGAGUGUAUACAUUUUAUGGGCGCAGGAUAAAGCACAUAGCUGGCAAAAGGACUCUUCAAACAUAAUGCAUAUGUACAUACAUACAAAUGUGUUUGUAAAUACAAACAUACAGUGUGCAUUUAUUGCAAGCGCACGCUCACGAAAUGUUAUUGAAUUUUCCCAACAUCUAAAAAGGAUAUGCGUAGACUGUGUAAACAGUUCGCUUUUUGUCCUCAUGAAGUUUAGAGCCAUACAACCGACGUCAGAAAAUGAAUGCUGAGCGUCAUCGUAAGCGUAAACGUUUAUUCGAAUCGGCUUGGCCUGGUGAUAAAUUUUGGAGGGGUACCAGUACGACGGCCAUUCCAUGGUAUAUUUGAUAUGCUCCGAAAAAUGCCAAGAUCGACGGGAAAUCCACGCUGCAAAUGUUGCGAUGAAGUUAUGGAAGAGUUAUUGACCAUGCGCCAGACAUUUGAGAAACUUUUCCAUCGUUUAACAAAACAAAUUGUUGAUUUGCGACGUGAAGUAACCGAUGGUUUGGCUAGUAACCAUAACAGUGGAAAAUCUUUGAAAAGAGAAAGUAGUCUCAGUCCUACUUUAUCAUCGCCCGCAUCGAAAUUCAAUCGAUUUGAUAACAGUGAUAGUGAGACUGAAUGCAUUAAAUUGAAGACCGAUAAAAAGGCAUCCACUUCAAGGAAUACACAUGCAAGCGUUGAAGAACUUAAGGAUCCAGUUGAAGUUAAAAGUGUGAGCACCAAAGUAAGUCGACCUAUAUUGGACUUUUACAAUUUACAAGCUCCCGUCAUGCCCACACAACCAUUCAAAACCGCACAACAAUUUGAGGAUUGGAAUGCUAUUUUCAAAGACGAUGAGGAUCAGUGUGAUCAAUUGCGAGUUGAAUUGCUACAAGGACAUCACGAUGAACCGGAUAAGUAUAUAAGGCAGAUAUGGCGCAGCAUUUUCAAAAAUGAAGCAGCAGAAAACUAUUCGUAUAGAGGCAUGGGUCGAUGUAAAAAACGCGCUAUUAAGAAUUAUAUAUUCACAGAUAUUUUCCGAGAGUGUUUUCUACAACGUUUUCAUCAUAUGGAUGCGGAUUUUUUCAUGGAACGUACAAUGCUGUUUUUCAAUUAUGUACAUAAUCAUAUGAGAAAGAAUAUGCGCAAUCAGCAGAAGAAACUUGCUAAGGGAAGUAACAAGAAAAAUGAAGACGACAUGCCAAAUGAGCAUAGCUUCGGCAGCUAUGAUUGAGCCAUCGUCAUUGCCGUAAUAAAUCUAAUUUAGUAUUUAAAAUGGGUUUUAAAAAAUAUCAGAUUUUAUAUGCGUGACAAAGAAUUUUUAGAUUUAAGUUUGUCUUGUAAAAGCCUGCGAAGUUCGGUUAUGUAAAUACAAAUC